CUGGCCGUGGCGUCCAAGGCCAUUGACCCCACGCUCGAUGCUCUGUUCGCAUCCAGUGCUGGCCCUGUGACGGUUCCUUCCAAACCUCGAGUGGGAGCACCGCCGGUGAAGACAAGCUCAAGCACUGCCAAAUCAACCGAAGAAGACGGCGAUGACCAGGGCGAUGAUGAGGUGCUCUCUGAAAUCAGCGAAGAGCUGGACUAUGGCGACGACGACGAAGAAGAAGCAGGCGAUGACAGUGCCGAGAACGAAGAUGGCGAAGGCAGCAACGACGAAGAUGUCAUGUCGGUGACAAUGGAAGUGGCUGAGACAGAAGAGAAUUCCAACGACGUCGAACAAGCCAAGACGCAGCGUGACAGAAAGCGCAAGAGAAAGCAGGACAACGACGACCUUGAAGGAAGAUAUUUGGCCAAGCUUGCGGAUGACGACGAGCCCGAACCCUCUGGCAAGCGCCUCAAGGGAGGUGAAGGAGACGCCCAGGAUAGCGCCAAAGAGGGUGAUGAUGACGAGGCACCCGUUCACGAGUCUCUCACGCAAGAGAGCAAGCAGUCCGAGGUUGAAAAGGCUGCCCGGACAGUUUUCCUGGGCAAUGUUGCCACAGAGGCCAUCUCAUCCAAGACGGCUAAGAAAGAGCUGAUGAAACAUCUCUCUUCCGUCCUCGACAAGGAUGCCUCACCACCGCAAAAGAUUGAGUCUCUGCGCUUCCGUUCCGUGGCUUUCUCUACCGGCUCAAUGCCCAAACGAGCAGCAUACAUCACUAAAGCCUUGAUGGAUGCCACCACAAAAUCCACAAACGCAUAUGCAGUCUUCUCAACCCCCGCGGCAGCUCGUAAAGUGGUUACGGAACUCAAUGGAACUGAAAUCCUUGGCCGUCACAUUCGGGUCGACAGCGUGGCACACCCAAGCCCAAUGAAUCACCGCAACUGUGUAUUUGUUGGAAACCUUGGCUUUGUCGACGAUGAGACCGUUUUGAACAGGAAAGCCGACGGCGAGACGGUUGAGAAGAAGCGCAACAAGGUGCCUUCCGACAUCGAAGAAGGCCUCUGGCGCACUUUUGGAACCCAGGGCAAGGUUGAGAAUGUUCGCGUUGUGCGUGACUCAAAGACUAGAGUGGGCAAAGGCUUUGCAUACGUGCAGUUUUAUGACGCCAAUGAUGUAGAGGCAGCUCUUCUUCUCAACGGGAAAAAGUUUCCCCCCAUGCUUCCCCGUGAACUCCGUGUAACGAGAGCAAAGGACCCGCGCAAGACGGCUCAGGCUGUAGAGCGGGCCAGGUCCAAGGCAGACACGGCCGAUGGCGCUAGCCGCAGCACAAAGUACAAGCCCAAAGCAACUCCAGAGGAGCAGGCCGCCGCCGGACGAACCCGCAAACUGUUGGGUCGGUCUGCGGCUGCAAAACAGCGACAUGCCGGCAGACGGUCGUUCCCAUCAGCCGCAAAGGACGGUGAGACGGCGGAUGGAAUCAAGACUCCGGAGGCCAUCAUUUUCGAGGGCCGGAGAGCAUCGUCCAAAGACGGGCUUCCCAAGGACCUCAAAAUGGGCAAGAAAAAUAAGAAGAAGGCGGGCAGGCCAAUGAGACCGCAGAACCGCAGCGCUAAACGGGCUGCGGCGUGGAAG